UAACCACUCGGCCACGGGGCCGGCCCCUUAACUUUCCAGAUUUUUAAUACAUGCAUACGUGUAGAGUUAUAUGUUCUUUGUAACAAACAAAAUCAUAUAAAGAUGUAUUUUUAAAAGAUAAAAACUUUGUCCCAACCGCCCCUCCAAUUCCACCUCCCAGACAUAACCAAUGUUAAGAGUCUGGUGUAUAUCUUCCCACUUCUUUCUCCAAGAUCACAGAAACACAUGCAAACACACACACAGAGGAUUUGUUUGUACAUUUUACAAAAAUGGGACCAUGGAAAACAUUAUGUCAACUUUACAUGCACUUUGUCAUUCAGGCCCAUAGUUAGAAACAGAUUCAAUUAUAGCACAAGGUCACAUAGUAAGUGGCAGGGUAGGGCUCAGCCUAAGGUCUGUCUGGUUUAUUCUGUAGGCUUCAGAAAGCCAGUGGAGGUUUAAAGAGACAUGGUCAGAUCCCUCUGAUGACAGGGUAGGGCAGAAGACAGAUCUGAUGUCAGAGGGUUGCAGUGGUCCAGGGAAGAAAUGGGGGAGGAGGGGGCUGGAUUAGCAUUGCGGGGGAGGGGGUGUAAAUUGACGGAUUAGAGACACGUUUUGGGAGUGGAAAUGGCCAGGAUUUAUGACCAUUUAGGGUGACUACAGUGCUCAGUCCUGGGCCAAUGGAGAAUGAGGCUGUUCUCUGGCUCCACCCUCUUCCUCCAGGGGGUACCUGAGGCCAGUGAGGAAUUGGGGCUGUUUCCUGUUCUAGAACAUUCCAUCUCUUGGAAAACCAUUAUGGGGGGGUACUUUUUGUACUUGAUUACAAGUGCUUCAUGUUCUUGAUUCUAAGUCUUUUCUGACCACCCCUGUUUCUUCCCAUGGAGGGAUCUUAUUUUCGCAUCUGCCAGCACUAGCACCCCCCAUCCCCCCUCAUUGUCUUUCCUCAGAGCCCUUGGAGGAAAAGAGAGAUGCCUCUCUCUUUUCUCUUUGGGCACAGUAGGCAGGCAUGUUUGGCCUGUACCUCCUAUGGCCCCCAGCUGGAGAGGUGAGGCCUGAUGGGAGGUGUCCUAUAGUGCGGCAAGGCAGUUAGGGGGUCUUUACGUGGGUUUGGGUGAGUGAGGGCAAGGGGAAGGGAGGAGAUCGAGUGGGAAGGGAGGGGACAUCCCCACAGGGCCAGUCAAGCCCCUUAGCCCCUCAGCAGCCAUGGCCUUGAAACCCGACGACCUUGGUGGUGGGUUCCAGCAUGGCAAGGUGGUGGCCUUCAUCAAUGAGAAGACAGCCAGGCAUGCAAAAGGCCCUGAGUUCUACCUUGAGAAUAUAUCCCUGUCCUGAGAAGAGACGGAAGACAAGCUCAGGGCCAUCCUGGAGGACAGCGCAGUGCCCAGCAAGGUCAAAGAGGCCUGUGCCUGGGGCAGCCUGGCCCUGGGCCUGCACUUCACCUGCAGGCAGGGCCAGUUUCAUGCGCACAGAGUGCAGUGGCUGCAGGACUUCGCCAAACUACAUAAGUCAGACGCACAAGCCUUGGCCUCAGAUGUGAAGAAGCUCACAGUGCAGCAGAUGGAGAACAAGGAGACAGCCUUCCAGCUGCUGCGGCAGACUUACGCCAACCUGGCAGAGAUGCAGAAAGAGCGGGACCUUCUAAGGUGGAAGCUCCUUCAGGCCCUAGGAUUCCCCAGACUUGCUCCCUGCCCUGUCUCCCCGCCACACCCCCUGCCCCCGUUUCCAUCCUCAGAACAGGUCUCAACCUUGUCCACUUCUCUCCAAGAGCUGGGGUCUCCCCGGGAGCAGGUAGAAGGAGGAGCAAGUGAGAAGGGAGAGGAGGGUGGCCGCUGCUUCUACUGCCACCGCUGCAGGAGGAGGAGGAAGACAGGAGAAGGAUGCGGAGGGGGAAGAGGCCGCAAAGGAGCUGGGUGGAGGCCUCCUGCAGGUUCUUGGAGCUGUGGAGCAGAAAUAAUUACCCCUCUGGUGGGCAGAGGGAGGGAGGUCUCAGGUCUGUGGAAACAGCCAUGUUUUAUUUCUCUGAGACCAUGAAGCCCAGGUCCAGAGUCUCCCCAGCAUCCCUUCCUGUGCAGCUCCCGGCCUCAUUUGCAUACCCCUUCUCAUGCCCCUUACUCCCCUUCCCAGAGUCAGCCACAGCAUCCCCACCAGCAGCAAUGUUCACAUCAGGGGCUCCAUCUCAGACGGCUCCCACUGGGGGCCCUCUAGUGUUACCUUAGGGUCUAAUGUGGGGGCUCAGGGUAUAGACCUUCAAUCCCAAAGACACAGGAGAGACUUCGAUCCCCAUCAUCAGAGAAGACCUCCAGUAUUUCACAGGCCCGAGGAUUGGGACUGCCCUUGGUGUAAGGCCGUAAAUUUUUCACAGAGGGAGAUUUGCUUCCGCUGCGGGAGGGGAAUCUAGCUACAAAACCCUUGAAUUCAAAAAUGUGAAACAGAACAGAAAAAUAUCCCAAAGGGAAAUCAAUUUUCAGAGGCAGGGGAAGAGGUAGGGGAGGGUUUGGGGGGAAAGGGUGGGUGGAUGGAUGGGGCAACUGGGUUGUGAGAGAAGUGGGAAGUGGGAUGGGAGGUGGGGUGUGAGGUGGCCACUGGGGAGGUUAUAGAUUAGGGGGCUGGCAGGAGAGAGAUGUAGAGACAUGUUUGAUGACUCCCUUUGCGUUCCAGAGCAUUGGCAUUCCACACCCCAGAAGUGCUGCAGCUUCUAUUUGUGUCUCUCUCCCCCAGCCCCGGUAUCUGGUGGACCUGGGCAGCUAUGUAUACAACGAACCACUCCCUCCCCAACCUAGGCUAUAGAUGAUGGGAGCAGGAGUGGGCAUUUGACCCAUCCUGAGCAAAACAGAUUCUCACACUAGACAAUCUGAACAGAGAGGCAGAUGCCAAAGUCAGGAUGGUGUUGGGAAAUGAAACAAUGGGUCACUUGGAGUUGGGGCCAAGGUCAGAGCCAUGGAUGCCAAGGCCUGACCCUGGCUGUGGGGGAGCAGAACUGGGUGCUUUACAGAGGCCAAGUGUCUUUUAGAGGAUGACAUUAUGAGGUCCCAGGGAACACACAGGCACAGAGAAGUAGAAAGGAGUUGAUCCUGUGACCCCAGAGAUGGAAAGAGUGGCAGCCCGGCCACUUUUCCACUUUCUGCAAUUGUGCUUUGUGAAAAGCUACUUUACACAGAUCCCCUUUUCUUGAAGCUAAGUUGAGCGGGUUCCUGUUCUGGGCAACCAGGUUACUUCCAAGACAGAAACUGACACAAUAAGAGCAGUUGCAAACCACAAGCCAUCAAAGAAAAUGUUGGACCUGGCUGGGGAGGUCCUCAGGGAGUGCCAGGUAGUGGGGAUUCCUGGAUCCCCAGAGUCUCCAGGAAUGAACUAGACAGGAAGCUCUUUCAUGUUCUCAGCAAGUUAUAUCACAAGAAACAAUCAAAACAGGCCUGGGGCAAACCAGGCUUACACCACAGCAGAGAUGUGCCACCUCUAAGGGAAUCCCUCAGGGCUGCAUACAGAGGAUGCCAGCACCAGCUGCAGGUGAGGACUGCUAUGGCUCUUCAGCCCCAUGACAGGAGAAGCCUCCCCAAUGCCCAGUGAUCAGAACUGGGGACAGUCAGAUCUGAUCAAGGAACUCAUGCCACAGCCAAGGAGGUGAGUCAGCAACUGACGGUGCCUAAGGGUGGGCUGGGCUAGACCACAGACCAAAGCAUGGUGCCAUCCUGAGGGAUUCUCUCCCCCAGCCCACCACCAGGACAAUAGUAGGAGCGGAGUCUGGCUAGAAAGCCCUCAGUGGAUUCAGAAAUGUGGAAUAGAACAUAUCCCAACGGGAUAUCAAUUUCCAGAGGGAGGGGGUAAACUGGGAAAGGGGGAGUGUGGAGGAUGGUCUGCAUCUCCCCCUCUGAUGACGAGAAGAUGUCUUGAGCGGGGCUAAAUGUGUGGUUUAUCCUGCAGGUGGCAGGAUGGUGAGGAUUCACACCUGGACCAGACUGAGAUAACUAGAGGAGCCCUGGACAUCGCCUGGAGACUGAGGACCUAGGGACUGAAGUUGUCAUGGCCCUGGGAUAUCUCUGCAGCGGCUGGAUGUGACCUUGGGCUCUCUCCUGUUGGGGCAGGUGUGGAGGUGUGGACAGACAUCAGGAUGGUUGUCAUUGCCCAAAAGCCCCUACCCCCACCCCGACCUUCUCUCCUCAUUCACUCUCCAGUGCUUUGUCUGAGGGACACACCGGCAAGAUCCCUAACCUGCACUUGUCAGAAGUGUUCUUGGGCUCAUUUCUACAGUUCUAGAGCCAGGUUUCCCAAACCCAGCACUCUUGACACUUGAGGUUGGAUAAUUGUUGCAGGGGGCUGUCCAGUACACUGUAGGACGUUCAGCAGAACCCUGGCCUCAGAACCCAGUAGAGGCCAGGAGCACAUCGCCCCCUAACUGUGACAACCAAAAUUAUCUCCAGAUAUUGUCACAUGCCCACAGGAGAGCAAAAUCGUCCCUGAUUGGGAACCAUGGAGGCAAUGAGGCAUGUAGCGGUAGUCAGAACAGAGGGAAGAGAGUUGCAAGGGGAGUGUGCUCAGCAGUGCCCGGGGCUGCAGGGGGCCCCUAAGAUAGGAGGUGAAAAGUGCGCACUGGGUCUGGCGUUCACUUUCGAUCUUUGAGCAGGUCUGGGUACAGGAGGGGCAGAAGGCAAACUGCAAGGGUUGAGGAUGUGCACUCAGUGAGGGAGGCUUCCCUUCAAGGACUUCUGGCUGCGGAGGGAAGGAGUGAGGUGGGAUGCAUGGCUGAGAGAGGGUUCUUUUGAAUAUGGGAGAAACUUGAGCCAUGAGGAAGGAGAUAGCUGAAGAAAGCUUGAAAACGCAAGAAAUAUGUAAAAGAAUGAGGUAGAUCCUGCAGACUGUACUGGAGGCACGUCCAUGGUACUGCUCAAUGAAAAAAAAACACGACAGGGCCAAUUUUGUUUUUUUGUGAAACAAAACCCCCAAAAGUUCUAUAAAUGCGUAUAUAUAUGCUAUGUAUAUUAUAGAUUUAUGUGUGCUUUACGUUACAGAUUUAUGUUUGAAUAAGCAUAGAAAAAGGUCUGGAGAGAUAUUCAGCAAAAAAGGUAUUACCUAGGGAGGGUGGGAUCAAAGUCAGAAUAGGAAAUAGGAGUUGGCGAUGUGGAGGUAUGGGGUGGGAUGGGGUACAGGGCAGUAGGGUGGAAGGCUUUCAUAUCUUUACAUACUUCUGUGUUUCAUAAAGCUAAACAAUUAAGUGCUCACAAAAAUACAAAAAUAAAAGGAAGUGAAUUUACUGGGUUGGGCGGGUUUGGAAAGGCCACCUCUUCCUCUGGGACUAGAAGGAAAGAGAACAGACACUGAUCUGUAUGUUGAGGGGGUGCGAAACCAACGGGGUUCAUGCCUGUGUGUUUGUGAUGUGGACGGACAAGCAGUCAAGACACCUGAGAGUGAGCAAGGACCGAAGGUCAGGGUGGGAGUGGGGGCUUCUGAGCAACGGCACUAUGGGGAAUAACUGAGGGAGAUGGAGGUGGGGAAUGGAGGGAGAGAAAAGGAUCAUCCAGCUGCAUGGACUGGGAUAGAACCCAACUGAAAGAAAACCAACCAGGAGGACUGUGGAAUUCUGGAAGGAAAAGGAAGGAGGUUAGGUCCAGCAGGGACACCAGACACAAAUCUCUUAGGUGUUACAGCCUGCCACCCAUUUACUACAGCAAAAACAGCACCUACAAAAGGGGAAGAGGCAGGAGGGGCUGGCAGGGAUCUGUGCCUGACUCCCUACCCCUUCUAGGCUCAUAGCACAUCUUUUCAUUUGCUGUUUCGCUAUAGAAAACAGAGCACUAGUUAUACUUUUUCUUCAGGUGCGAUCGUCUGGGAGUACAAUUUCUAGCAACCCAGUCUUUACCUGCAAAUAUCUAAGAGUUUAAAGCAAAG